AAUUCUAGCUACUAAAAAACUUACGAUAAGAUAAGUUUUUUAUACGACGCCUCAAAAGUAUUGUGAAGGUUGUGACGUGUCUUAAAAAAUAGCAUUUCUAUAAAAUGACGGGAAAAAUUGAUGACUUGAACAUUUUUAGAAUUAGACGGGAAUUGGAGAUAAAUUGUCAACCCGUCGAUAGAUCGGAUCACCAACUUGAUGAUCGUUGUCUCAAACUACAACAAUUUUUCAAAGAAAAGUUCAACAAAAAUCCCGAUUUGAUUGUUAGUGUACCCGGCAGAGUGAAUCUGAUUGGAGAGCAUGUUGACUAUAGUGGCUAUGGCGUCCUACCAAUGGCCCUUGAACAAAGAGUUCUUGUUGCUAUUUGUGCAAAUGGUACAGAUAAAACCACAUUGGUGAACAUGGAUGAGAGCUAUGAAAAAGCGGAAAUUGGAAGCACUUUCAGUGGCUGCACUACCCCAUCAUGGUACCACUAUUUUCAGUGCGGUGUUCAAGGCGCUCUGAAUUAUUCUGAAAGUAUGAAAUACAAAGGGAUGAAUGCAGCAGUUUGGGGGAAUAUUCCUCCUUGUGCUGGACUUUCCAGCAGCAGUGCCCUAGUGAGCGCAGCAGCCGUCUGCAUGUUUCUCAUGAACGAACCAGUUGUGACAGCUCCAAGUAAAGAAAAUAUGGCCAACCUAUGUGCAGCAGCAGAAAAUCUUAUUGGAACUCAAGGAGGUGGAAUGGACCAAGCCAUAGCAUUCUUGGCCCAAAAAGGGAUAGCCAAAUAUAUCCAGUUCAAUCCUCUACAAUGUACCGAUGUUAUAUUACCCUCCAAUGCAGUAUUUGUGAUCGCACAUAGUUUGGUUGAGAAAAAUAAGGCAGCCUCCAAUGAUUUCAACAUUAGAGUUGUCGAGUGUCGUUUGGCAGCGCAGGUGAUGGCCAAAAAGAAAGGUCUAGAAUGGCGCAAUUUCAGGACACUGAAAAAACUACAAGACAAGCUGGCUCCAAGUAUGCUCAUCGAUAAUAAUAUAGUACCUUUAUGCGAAUCUCUUCUUGAAGAUCGAGCCUACAACAAGAAAGAGAUUGCAGAACUAUUGGAAGUAAGUGUGGAGGAAUUGGUUGACAUUUCCAUGUCUCCUGAUACUAAGAAUGUCGAUGUCUUCUAUUUGAGGAAGAGAGCUUGUCAUGUUUUCAACGAAGCUGCAAGAGUACUAAGGUUCAAGUUUUGCUGCGAUGAGUUUCCAGAAGAAGAAUGUUUGGAGGCCAUAGGAGAAUUGAUGAACAAGAGCCAUAAGAGUUUGAAGGAAUUGUAUGAGUGUAGCCAUCCUCAGUUGGAUAAACUUGUGGAGAUAUCGAAUCCAUAUACUUAUGGUUCAAGAUUGACUGGAGCUGGUUGGGGAGGAUGCAUAGUGGCUUUGGCCAAGGAGAAUAAGGUGGAGGACUUGAUAACCGCUCUGAAGAAGGAUUAUUAUUCCAAGUUGGGAAUUGGGGACGAAGAUCUUGGAAAUUACGUGUUUGUCACAAAACCUAAUAGCGGAGCUUGCAUUUAUCCUCUGAAUAUUGACCAAAAACCUUGAACUUGCAGAUUUCAUAUAUUUUUAAAAUAAAUUGUGUCAAACUGGA